CUGCUCUUUGACCCUUUCAAAAUCCAUUUAUUUCAAUUCAAUUCAAUUCCUCCCCAUUUCUUUGUAAUUUCUUUAAUCUCUACAUUCCAUUUUUUCUGAGAGUUCUCUGCAAAGUUUCAAGCUUUUUUUUUUUUUUGGUUUUAGAAUGGAUAGUAAUUAUUCAGCUAUUCCCAGAGGCUCCCAUGUAGAAUUACAAAUGCAAAAUGAGCCCCAGGAUUUUAGAUCCCAACAGAAAUCUCUCCUUUCUGAUGAUGGAAACCGGGUAAACUACCCCAAGGUUGCUAAUGAGUAUGAUGAUCUUAACGAUGGUGAUGAUGAUAUUGAUGUUCAUGUAGAUCUUGAUGAUUAUUCCCUUGUUCAAGGUAAACCCAAUACUGGGUCUGGUAUUUCUGGUGCUGUUUUUAACUUGACCACCUCCAUUAUUGGUGCGGGAAUCAUGGCUUUACCUGCCACUAUGAAGGUUCUUGGUGUUGUUUUGGGGAUUUUUUUUAUAAUCCUGAUUGGCAUUUUGUCUGAAAUGAGUGUUGAGAUGUUGAUUAGGUAUGCGGUUUCUUGUAAAGCUAGAUCUUAUGGGGAAGUUGUGCAGAUUGCAAUGGGAAGAACUGCUAGGGUUUUGUCUGAGAUUUGCAUAAUUGUCAACAAUGGAGGUGUUUUGAUAGUUUAUUUGAUUAUUAUGGGUGAUGUUAUGUCCGGUUCAGAUCGUCAUAUUGGGGUUUUCGAUCAGUGGUUAGGACAUGGCUUUUGGGAUCAUAGGAAGUUGUUGAUUUUGGCUGCUGUUGUUGUUUUUCUUGCUCCACUUUGCGUGUUAAACAGGAUCGAUUCGUUGAGCAUGACAUCGGCUGCCUCGGUUGCUCUCGCCGUUGUUUUCGUCAUGGUUUGCUUUGCUGUUGCGUUCAUUAAGCUCAUUGAAGGGAAAAUUGAUCCUCCAAGGAUGACCCCAGAUCUCGGUUCGAAAAUGGCAAUUUGGGAGUUCAUAGUAGUUAUCCCUGUUAUGACGAAUGCUUAUGUUUGCCAUUUCAAUAUUCAACCUAUAUAUAAUGAGCUCGAAGGUCAAUCUCCACAGAAGAUGAAUCGGGUUGGAAGGAUCACAACUGCUAUUUGUGUUGUAGUCUAUGCCUCAACAGCUAUAUCAGGGUAUUUUCUCUUUGGGAAGGACACUGAAGGUGAUGUCUUGACCAACUUUGAUAGGGAUCUUGGAAUUCAUUUUAGCACUGCUUUGAAUUACAUUGUCAGGGUCGGUUACAUUCUUCAUUUGGUUCUGGUUUUUCCUGUUAUCCACUUUUCCCUACGGCAGACCGUGGAUAGCUUGGUGUUCGAGGGAUCGGCUCCUCUAACAGAGAGUCCGAAAAGAUCUUUGGCAUUAACCAUAAUAUUGUUAAUGCUUAUUUAUAUCGGAUCGACUAUGAUCCCGAAUAUAUGGACAGCUUUCAAAUUUACAGGUGCAACAACAGCUGUUUCACUUGGUUUUACUUUCCCAGCUCUCCUUGCAUUGAGGCUAAGUCAGCAGGAUGAGAGGCUGAGGUUGAGCAGAGUAGAAUUUCUUUUGUCAUGGUUGAUGUUAAUAUUGGCUAUAAUAGUUAGCAUUGCCGGGACAAUCGGAAAUAUAUAUACUGUUCGAAGUGAAUCUGAAUGAUUCCUCCGGAAGAGUUUCGGCCCUGUUUUCCCAAGUACAUGGGAAGCCUGGAUGGUUCGAUUAUGCACUGAUACACUGCCUUUUAAUGCUUUUCAGAGCAACUGCAACAGGUUACUCGGCGUACGAUGAGGACUUCGAAGGAUACUGAAUGGACCCUCAUCUCUUGUAAGUUUUGCGACUUUACAAAUCGAACUACGCUACGGAUAUUCUUAGUUACAAUAUUCUUCUUGAACAAAAGAUUGGGGUAUAAGCAUUUGCUGUAGGAAAAUUAUUGCUAGUGAUUUAUUACAUUUUUAUUUGAAAGUUAUUUUUGCUUAUAGAGAAAAGCUCUGCAAUGUACUGUUAUAAUUUUUAUGAUACUUGUUCUGCUAUAUAGUUGCUACAAUUCAAG